GUUGAAAAUCAGCUGGCACCCAUUGCUUGAAAUGGUUUCACCCUACUCUGUGUAACAAGAAUCAGCAGUGAAAUUAAGUGAGGCUUUCUCAUCUGUGAGCCCCUUCAUGGCAGUCUGAAUCUCUCCACUUACGCUCUCCAAGCUGCAUAUCUGUCAGCAUGCCUGGAAAGGCUGAAGUUGUUCUUGGUGGGUCCAAGCGAUUUGAAUGUCAAGUUGUUGGCAAUCCCAGGCCUUCAAUAAGAUGGUUCAAGGAUGGUAUUGAUAUAACCAACAAAACACGUUACAAUUUUGAAUAUGACAAAGAUGGAAUUAUUUCAAUGUACAUUGAAAAUGUUUUGCAGUCAGAUGGUGGAUUUUACCGUUGCCGAGCAGAAAACUCUCAAGGAGUUGCAACAACUGCUGCAUAUCUACAUAUCAUACAUGAUAUGCUUAAUGGGGACGAUCGUUCCACAACUCAUAUUAUGGAUGCAAUGCAAGCUGAAACAAGGGAAAGUUAUGAAGAUGAUAAAUAUAAAAGUAUAUUAUCUAGUAUGUCAAGACAAGAAGUACAAACUUCAAAAUCAAGCAAAAUGAUGAAAUCCCAAUCUGUUGAUGUUUAUUCUUAUGAAGAAAUUAUGAAAUCGGACAAAAGAAGAAUAUCACUUGAUGAUAUUGUUGACUCUGAACACAUGGAAUCUGUAAGUGAAAUGAUGUCAAAGAAAUCACGAGUUGAUACGACCAAACAAGACUCUUUGAAAAAAGCAACUGAAUAUGAAAGAAAAAUGUCUCCUGAUAAACCUGAAGAAGAAGAGAUAUUUGAAAAUGGAAAUGCUACCGAAGAAGAUGAUGGAAGGUGUCCUCCUGCUAUUACUAGCAUCAGUGAAGAUGUCUAUACUAAAGAAGAAAAGACAGUGACAUUAGAAUGUUGUAUAACAGGUUAUCCCGAGCCUGAUGUAAAAUGGUUUAAAGAUGGAAAUGCUAUCAGAACUAACUAUAAUUUCACUCUAAGAAAGAAAAAUGAUAAGUACAGCUUGGAGAUAGCAGCAGCUACAGAAAAAGACAGUGGAAAGUAUACUGUUACGGCACACAAUACUGAGGGUACUAAAAUUGGCGACAUUAUGGUUAACGUUGAGAGUUUAAAAGAAAAACCAAAAUUCCUUGAAGAACCCAUUUCUCAGAAGGUUAGAAUAUCCAAAUCCUGUAUAUUUUCCUGUAAAGUGUCUGGUUACCCUAAACCUCACAUUAAAUGGAUGAAAAAUGAGGAAAUACUUACAAGCAGAGAAGAUAUCAAAAUAUAUGAAUCAGAAGGAAGACAUAUUUUGAAAUUUACAAAUGCUUCUGACCAACAUAUGGGAAAAUAUACAUGUAUUGCAGAAAACCAAUAUGGUACAACUUCAACUGAAUUUGAAUUUGAAGUUGGAGAUAUUGGUGCUUACUUUUUGGAAGAACUAUCAGAUGUGACAGUAGAUGAGAAGCAAAUGGCCAUUUUUACAUGCAUAAGUGCAGAGGAAUAUCCUUCUGUUACUUGGCUGAAAGAUGGCAAGAAGAUCAUUGAAACUGACAGAACAGAAAUAAUAAUUGACAGAAAACUCCAUAAACUUAUCAUCAAACGUGUUACUGCUGAAGAUAGGGGUGACUACACCUGUGUUAUCGAGAAAGCCUCAACUAAAGCAAACUUAAAAGUAAAUGAAAUAAACACAGGCUUUUCGAAAAAAUUAACAAGUCUCACAGUGGAUGAGAAACAAACUGCCAUUUUCAUGUGUGUAAGCAUACAAGAAAAUAUCACUGUUACAUGGCUUAAAAAUGGCAAAAAGAUCAAAGAAACCGAAAGAGUUGAGGCAACAACAGAUAAAAGACUUCAUAAACUUAUUAUUAAACAUGUUACUGCUGAAGAUGAUGGUGAAUACACCUGUGUUAUUGAUGACAUCUCAACUUCAGCAAAACUGAAAGUAAAUGAACAAACUUCUGGCUUUUCGCAAAAGUUGAAAAGUCUUACUGUGGAAGAAAAACAGAUUGCUAUUUUUACAUGUGUUACUGUUCAAGAUAAUGUUUUAGUAACUUGGCUGAAAAAUGGUGAGAACUUGAAAGAAACUGAAAGAGUUGAAACAAGCUCUGAUAGAAGACUUCACAAACUUAUAAUAAAACAUGCUAAUGCAGAAGAUACUGCUGAAUACUCUUGUGUUGCAGAUGGUAUCUCUACUGCGGCAAACUUGAAAGUAAAUGAACUGACCAAAGGAUUCUCACAAAAAUUGACAAGUGUCACAGUAGAUGAGAGACAGAUGGCUAUUUUUACAUGUGUCUCUGUUCGGGAUGAUGUCAUGGUUACCUGGAUGAAAGAUGGCAAAAAGUUGAAGGAAACUGAUAGAACUGAGAUGACAACUGAUAGAAGACUCCAUAAACUUAUAAUAAAACAUACUACUGCUGACGAUACUGGAGAGUAUUCUUGCAUGGUGGAUGAUAUUUCCACUAAAGCAAACUUGAAAGUAAAUGAAAUAACCACUGGUUUUUCACAAAAGUUGACAGAUCUAGCAAUAGAUGAGAAACAAAUGGCCAUUCUUACAUGUGUCACUGUUCAAGGUAAUGUUUUAGCUACUUGGCUGAAAAAUGGUGAGAUCUUGAAGGAAACCAAAAGAAUUGAAACAACAACUGAUGGAAGACUUCAAAGACUUAUAAUAAAACAUGUUAAUGCAGAAGAUACUGGUGAAUACUCUUGUGUUGUGGAUGGUGUUGCAACCAAAGCCAAACUGAAAGUAAACGAAAUGACAGCUGGUUUUUCACAGAAGUUGAAAUGUCUCACAGUAGAUGAAAGACAAAUAGCUAUUCUUACAUGUGUUUCUGUUCAAGAUGAUGUUUUAGUUACUUGGCUGAAAGAUGGUGAGAAACUGACUGACACUGACAGAAUUGAGACAUCAACUGACAGAAGACUUCACAAACUUAUUAUAAACCAUGUUAAUAUGGAAGAUACUGGAGAAUACUCUUGUGUUGUAGAUGGUAUUGCAACUACAGCAAAGUUGAUUGUACAUGAAAAGAAAAUAGCAUUCUCAAAGAAAUUAACUGAUAAGAGAGUCUUUAAAGAUGAAACAAUUGAAUUAGUUUGUGAAUCACUUGAAAACGUUGAGGUUGUGUGGACAAAGGAUGGCUUAGAAAUAACAAGUGAUGAAAGAACAGAAAUCAUCAAUGAAGGAAAAGUUCAUAAACUUAGAAUAAAAAAUGUUACAGAUGAAGACACAGCUGAAUAUAAAUGUUUUGUUGGAGAAUUAUAUACAGAAUCCAAUUUGACUGUAGAAGAAGAUACUCUUCGAUUUACUAAGCAAUUAUGUGAAGUGAGGGUCACUGAGAGCAAUACAGCAAUAUUCACUUGUGAAAUGUCCAAGGAAAAUAUAAGAGUAACUUGGCUGAAAGAUGAUGCGGAAUUAAAACUUGAUGAUCGCAUGGAACUGAAAGUAGAUAAGAAAGUGCACACACUUAUUAUUAACAAUGUUACUGUAGAAGAUCAAGGAGAUUACACUUGUGUGGCUGGAACAGUCUCUACAACUACAUCUAAACUAGUUGAAGAAACUGAAACUUAUGAAGAAAUAGUCCAAGAAGUGAAGCCAGAAUUCAUAAAACCACUCACAGAAGUUAGAGUUAAAGAGCAAGAAACAGCUACUUUUAUGUGUGAAACAAAUAUAGAUUGUCUCGAUCCUGUUUGGUUGAAAGAUGGAAAUCUCAUAUUUGAAAAUGAAAGAACAAAAUUCAUCACAGAGCAGAAUAGAUACAAACUUAUUAUUUCUGAUGUUAAGGUGGAGGAUAGAGGAGAGUAUUCUUGUCUUAUUGAUCAAAUAUCGACUUCAGCUAAACUUCAUGUUGAGGAAAUACAACCAGAAUUCACAAAACAUCUUCAAGAUGUAACUGUCAAAGAAGAAGAAAUUGCUACAUUUGUUUGUGAAUUAUCAAAAGACAAUGUAAAAGUAGAUUGGUUCAAAAAUGGAAUCAAAGUGACAGCUAAUAAAAGAAUUCAAAUAAUAACGGAAAAAAGAGUUCAGAAACUUAUAAUUCGUAAAGUUACACUUGAAGAUUUUGGAGAGUAUUCUUGUACCAUCGGCAAUGUGUCAACUACUGCUAAGCUGAUAGUAGAAGAAAUAAAAUCCGAAUUCACCAAAGAACUUAAAGAAAUUCAUGUCACUGAAUGUGAUGACGGUGAAUUUUCUUGUGAAGUUUCUAAAGAGUAUAUCCAAGUUGUUUGGUUUAAAGAUGGAAAGCAAAUACAAGAAGAUCAAAGGAUCAAAAUUGUCACUGAAAGGAAAAUACGCAAACUUGUCAUACGUGAUGUAAGAAUUGAAGAUCAAGGUGAAUAUAAAUGUAUGAUCGGAGAAUUAUUUACAUCGGCCAGCCUAUCAGUGAAAGAAAUGAAAGCAAGUUUUACUCAAGAACUUGCUGAAGAAGUUAAAAUUGAAACAAAUGAAACAGUUACACUUUCCUGUGAGAUGUCUGAGGAAAAUAUCAAAGCAACUUGGUUGAAAGAUGGUAAAAUUUUGCAAUCGGACAACAGAAUUAAAAUGGUCACAGAGAAAACAACACAGAAACUUAUUAUAAAUAAAGUCACAUCAGAAGACACUGGUGUAUAUACAUGCAAAGUUGGAAAAAUAUCUACUACUGCAAGACUAGUUGUUGAAAAAACAAAAAAAUCAGAAUUUACUACUAAACUUACUGAACAGAAGAUAAGAAUCACUGAAACAGCGAUAUUUACUUGUGAAGUCGACAGAGAAGAUGUCACUUGUGUGUGGUUGAAAGAUGGAAAAGAAAUAAAAUCAACUGAGCGAAUUGAAAUCAUUACCGAGAAGAGAAUCCACAAACUUAUUAUUCACAACGUAAAAGCAGAGGAUAAAGGAGAGUACAGUUGUGUAGUGGGCGAGGUUUCUACUUCAGCAAGACUUGUUGUUGAAGAAUCAAAAGCAGAAUUCACCACUAAACUCACAGAACAAAAAAUAAGAGUGACUGAAACAGCUGUAUUCACUUGUGAAGUUGACAAAGAAGAUGUCAGUUGUGUAUGGUUGAAAGAUGGAAAAGAAAUAAAAACAAAUGAGAGAAUUAAAAUAGUUACUGAGAAGAAAACCCACAAACUUAUAAUCCAUAAUGUCACAGCAGAAGACAGUGGAGAAUACAAAUGCGUGGCGGGCGAAGUUUCAACAACAGCUAAACUUGUAGUCGACCAACAAACGAAAGACAGUUUUGAAAUUGUUACGGAAACAGAAAUUCAUACGGACGAAACAUUUAAUAUAGGAACCACUGUUGAGGUUGAAACAGAAACUUCAACUCGCACAGAAAAACAAUCCCAGGUGGAAUUUUCAGUUGAUGUGACAGAGGAAGAGUAUCCAAGAGAGGUUGAAACAGAAACUUCAAUUCGCGCAGAGGUUGAAACAGAAACUUCAACGCGCACAGAAAAACAAUCCCAGGUGGAAUUUUCAGUUGAUGUGACAGAGGAGGAGUAUCAAAGAGAGGUUGAAACAGAAACUUCAAUUCGCGCAGAGGUUGAAACAGAAACUUCAACUCGCACAGAAAAACAAUCCCAGGUGGAAUUUUCAGUUGAUGUGACAGAGGAAGAGUAUCCAAGAGAGGUUGAAACAGAAACUUCAAUUCGCGCAGAGGUUGAAACAGAAACUUCAACUCGUACAGAAAAACAAUCCCAGGUGGAAUUUUCAGUUGAUGUGACAGAGGAAGAGUAUCCAAGAGAGGUUGAAACAGAAACUUCAAUUCGCGCAGAGGUUGAAACAGAAACUUCAACUCGCACAGAAAAACAAUCCCAGGUGGAAUUUUCAGUUGAUGUGACAGAGGACGAGUAUCCAAGAGAAUCUGUACCAGAAACAGAAUAUUGGAUAGAUCGACCCCAUGCUGAACAAAUUGAAAUAAUAUCGGAAACCAUAACUCGUGGAGAAAAGCGGUCGAAAGUGGAAGCCGCUCAUGAAAAACCAUCUGAAAUUGAAUCUACAGUUGAAAUUGUAACAGAAAAAGUAACUCGCACAGAAACACGUUCUGAAGUCGAAUCUACAGUUGAUAUUGUGACGCAGGAGGAGCGUCCUAGAAAACAACCUUCUCAGGUCGACGCCUCAGUUGAAAUUGUUACUGAGACCGAAUCUCGCAUAGAAAAACCAUCUGAAAUUGAAUCUACAGUUGAAGUUGUUACGGAAAAGGUAACUCGCACAGAAACACGUUCUGAAGUCGAAUCUGCAGUUGAUAUUGUGACGCAGGAAGAGCGUCCUAGAGAACAACCUUCUCAGGUCGACGCUACAGUUGAAAUUAUUACUGAGACCGAAUCUCGCAUAGAAAAACCAUCUGAAAUUGAAUCUACAGUUGAAGUUGUUACAGAAAAAGUAACUCGCACAGAAACACGUUCUGAAAUCGAAUCUACAGUUGAUAUUGUGACGCAGGAGGAGCGUCCUAGAGAACAACCAUCUCAGGUCGAUGCCACAGUUGAAAUUGUUACUGAAACUGAAUCUCGAAUAGAAAAACCAUCUGAAAUUGAAUCUACAGUUGAAAUUGUUACCGAAACCGAAUCACGCAUAGAAAAACCAUCUGAAAUUGAAUCUACAGUUGAAGUUGUUACGGAAAAGGUAACUCGCACAGAAACACGUUCUGAAGUCGAAUCUACUGUUGAUAUUGUGACACAGGAGGAGCCUGCAAGAGAUCAACCUUCUCAGGUCGACGCCACAGUUGAAAUUGUUACUGAAACUGAAUCACGCAUAGAAAAACCAUCUGAAAUUGAAUCUACAGUUGAAGUUGUAACGGAACAAGUAACUCGCACAGAAACACGUUCUGAGGUAGAAUCUACUGUUGAACAACCUUCUGAGGUCGACGCCACAAUUAGCAUUGUUACUGAAACCGAAUCUCGCAUAGAAAAACCAUCUGAAAUUCAAUCUACCGUUGAAGUUACAACAGAAACAGUAACUCGUACAGAAACUCGCUCUGAGGUGGAAUCAUCAGUUGAUGUUGUGACACAGGACGAGCGUCCUAAAGAACAACCAUCUGAGAUCGACGCCACAGUUAAAAUUGUUACAGAAACCGAAUCUCGCAUAGAAAAACCAUCUGGAAUUGAAUCUACAGUUGAAGUUGUCACGGAAAAAGUAACUCGUACAGAAACACGUUCUGAUGUGGACUCUACAUUUGAUGUUGUGACACAGGACGAACGUCCAAGAGAACAACCUUCUGAGGUCGACGCCACUGUUAAAGUUGUUACAGAAACCGAGUCUCGCAUAGAAAAGCCAUCGGGAGUUGAAUCUACAGUUGAAGUUGUGACAGAAAAAGUAACUCGCACAGAAACACGUUCUGUGGUAGAAUCUUCAGUCGAACAACCUUCUGAGGCAGAAGCCACAGUUGAAAUCAUUACCGAAACUGAAUCUCGCAUAGAAAAACCUUCUCAAAUUGAAUCUGCAGUUGAGGUUGUAACUGAACAAGUAACGCGCACAGAAACACGUUCUGUGGUGGAAUCUACAGUUGAACAAGCUUCUGAGGCAGAAGCCACGGUUGAAAUUGUUACAGAGACCGAAUCUCGUAUAGAAAAACCAUCUGAAAUUGAAUCAACAGUUGAAAUUGUUACAGAAACUGAAUCUCGCAUCGAAAAACCAUCUGAAGUUGAAUCUACUGUUGAAACUUUAACAGAACCAGAAUAUUGGAUAGACCGGCCGUAUGCUGAAAAGAUUGAAACGAUAAGAGAAACAAUAGUGCGCGGAGAAAAACCAUCAGAUGUCGACUCCACAUAUGAAAAACUUUUCGCGGUGAAAUCUACAGUCGAAGUUGUAACGGAAAAAGUAACACGUACAGAAACACGGUCUGAGGUGGAAUCUACAGUUGAUAUUGUGACACAGGAGGAACUUCCUCGAGAACAACCUACUGAGGUCGACGCCACAGUUGAAAUUAUUCAAGAAACCGAAUCCCGAAUUGAAAAACCAUCUGAAAUUGAAUCUACAGUUGAGAUUGUAACGGAAAAGGUAACUCGUACAGAAACACGUUCGGAGGUGGAAUCUACAGCUGAACAACCUACUGAGGUCGACGCCACAGUUGAAAUUAUUCAAGAAACCGAAUCCCGAAUUGAAAAACCAUCUGAAAUUGAAUCUACAGUUGAGAUUGUAACGGAGAAGGUAACUCGUACAGAAACACGUUCGGAGGUGGAAUCUACAGCUGAUAUUGUGACGCAGGAAGAGCGUCCCAGAGAACAACCUACUGAGGUCGACGCCACAAUUGAAAUUAUUCAAGAAACCGAAUCCCGAAUUGAAAAACCAUCUGAAAUUGAAUCUACAGUUGAGAUUGUAACGGAAAAGGUAACUCGUACAGAACAACCUACUGAGGUCGACGCCACAGUUGAAAUUAUUCAAGAAACCGAAUCCCGAAUUGAAAAACCAUCUGAAAUUGAAUCUACAGUUGAGAUUGUAACGGAAAAGGUAACUCGUACAGAAACACGUUCGGAGGUGGAAUCUACAGCUGAUAUUGUGACGCAGGAAGAGCGUCCCAGAGAACAACCUACUGAGGUCGACGCCACAGUUGAAAUUAUUCAAGAAACCGAAUCCCGAAUUGAAAAACCAUCUGAAAUUGAAUCUACAGUUGAAACACGUUCGGAGGUGGAAUCUACAGCUGAUAUUGUGACGCAGGAAGAGCGUCCCAGAGAACAACCUACUGAGGUCGACGCCACAGUUGAAAUUAUUCAAGAAACCGAAUCCCGAAUUGAAAAACCAUCUGAAAUUGAAUCUACAGUUGAGAUUGUAACGGAGAAAGUAACUCGUACAGAAACACGUUCGGAGGUGGAAUCUACAGUUGAUAUUGUGACGCAGGAAGAGCGUCCCAGAGAACAACCUUCUGGGGUUGAAGCUACAGUUGAAAUUAUUACAGAGACCGAAUCUCGCAUAGAAAAACCAUCAGAAGUUGAAUCUACAGUUGAACAUCUAACAGAACCAGAAUAUUGGAUAGAUCGGCCGCAUGCUGAAACAAUCGAAACCAUUUCGGAAACAAUAGUACGUGGAGAAAAACUAUCAGAUGUUGAAUCCACAUAUGAAAAACUUUUCGCGGUGAAAUCCACAGUAGCAAAACUUUCUGAGGUGGAAUCUACAGUUGAACAACCUUCUGAGGUCGAAACCACAGUUGAAAGUAUUAAAGAAACGGAAUCUCGAAUAGAAAAACCAUCUGAAAUUGAAUCUACAGUUGAAAUUGUAACAGAAAAAGUAACACGAACAGAAACACGGUCGGAAGUGGAAUCUAGUGUUGAUAUUGUGACACAGGACGAACGUCCGAUAGAACAACCUUCUGAGGCCGAAACCACAGUCGAGAUUGUUACAGAAACCGAAUCUCGCAUAGAAAAACCGUCGGAAGUUGAAACUACAGUUGAAGUUGUAACGGAGAAAGUAACUCGCACAGAAACACGUCCUGAGGUUGAAACUUCAGUUGAACCUCUAACAGAACCAGAAUAUUGGAUAGAUCGACCGUAUGCUGAAACGAUUGAAAUUAUAAAGGAAACCAUUAUUCGUGGAGAAAAACCAUCUGAAGUUGAAUCCACAUUUGAAACACCAUCUGAAGUUGAAUCUGCUGUUGAGGUCGUAACGGAGGAAGUGACUCAUACAGAAAAACCCUCUGAAGUCGAAUCUACAGUUGAAGUCGUAACAGAAAAAGUAACCCGUACAGAAACACGUUCUGAAGUGGAAUCUACAGUUGAUAUUGUAACACAGGAAGAGCGUCCCAAAGAAGAACCUUCUGAAGUUGAAGCCACAGUUGAAAUUAUUCAAGAAACCGAAUCUCGCAUAGAAAAACCGUCUGAAGUUGAAUCUACCGUGGAAGUCGUAACGGAAAAAGUAACUCGUACAGAAACACGUACUGAAGUGGAAUCUACAGUUGAUGUUGUGCAACAGGACGAGCGUCCUAAAGAACAACCAUCUGAGGCCGAAGCCACAGUUGAAAUUAUCAGAGAAACCGAAACUCGCAUAGAAAAACCAUCUGAAGUUGAAUCUACUGUUGAAGUUGUAACGGAAAAAGUAACACGCACAGAAACUCGUUCAGAAGUGGAGUCUACAGUUGAUGUUGUGCAACAGGACGAGCGUCCUAAAGAACAACCUACUGAGGCCGAAGCUACAGUUGAAAUUAUGAGAGAAACCGAAACUCGCAUAGAAAAACCAACUGAAGUUGAAUCGACUGUUGAAGUCGUAACGGAGAAAGUAACUCGUACAGAAACACGUUCUGAAGUCGAAUCUACAGUUGAUGUUGUGCAACAGGACGAUCGUCCUAAAGAACAACCAUCUGAGGCCGAAGCCACAGUUGAAAUUAUUAGAGAAACCGAAACUCGCAUAGAAAAACCAACUGAAGUUGAAUCGACUGUUGAAGUCGUAACGGAAACAGUAACUCGUACAGAAACACGUUCUGAAGUGGAAUCUACAGUUGAUGUUGUGCAACAGGACGAGCGUCCUAAAGAACAACCAUCUGAGGCCGAAGCCACAGUUGAAAUUAUUAGAGAAACCGAAACUCGCAUAGAAAAACCAACUGAAGUUGAAUCGACUGUUGAAGUCGUAACGGAAACAGUAACUCGUACAGAAACACGUUCUGAAGUGGAAUCUACAGUUGAUAUUGUGACACAGGACGAGCGCCCAAAAGAACAACCAUCUGAGGUCGAAGCCACAGUUGAAAUUAUUAGAGAAACCGAAACUCGCAUAGAAAAACCGUCUGAUGUUGAAUCUACUGUUGAUAUUGUGACAGAAACCGAGCGUCCAAAGGAACAACCAUCUGAGGCCGAAGCCACAGUUGAAAUUAUUACAGAAACCGAAUCUCGUAUAGAAAAACCAUCAAGCGUCGAAUCUACAGUUGAGGUUGUAACAGAGAAAGUCACCCGCACAGAAACACGUUCCGAAGUGGAAUCUUCAGUUGAUAUUGUGACACAAGAUGAGCGUCCUAAAGAACAACCUUCUGAGGCUGAAGCCACAGUUGAAAUUAUUAGAGAAACCGAAUCUCGCAUAGAAAAACCGUCUGGUGUUGAAUCUACUGUUGAAAUGGUAACCGAGACAGUAACUCGUACAGAAACACGAUCUGAAGUGGAAUCUACAGUUGAUAUUGUGACACAGGACGAGCGUCCUAAAGAACAACCUUCUGAUGUAGAAGCCACAGUUGAAAUUGUUAGAGAAACCGAAACCCGUAUAGAAAAACCAUCUGAUGUCGAAUCAACUGUUGAGAUCGUAACGGAAAAAGUUACUCGUACAGAAACACGUUCUGAGGUGGAAUCUACUGUUGAUAUUGUGACACAGGACGAACGUCCUAAAGAACAACCUUCUGAGGUCGAUGCCACAGUUCAAUUUGUUAGAGAAACCGAAUCUCGCAUAGAAAAACCGUCUGAAGUUGAAUCUACAGUUGAGGUCGUAACGGAAAAAAUAACUCGUACAGAAACUCGUUCUGAGGUGGAAGCUGCUUUUGAUGCUAAAGUAGAGUUUACAAAAACAAUAAAAGAUAUGAAAGUUAAAGAAAAGCAACAAGCAACGAUGAUAUGCGAAGUUUCAAAAGAAAAUAUGACAGUCAUAUGGAAAAAGAAUGGCAAAGAAAUCAAAAGUGAUAAUCACAUAAAACUUGCUUCUGAUAUGAAAGUUCAUCAAUUAAUUAUUGAAAAUGUUACUUUGGAAGAUAUAGGAGAAUAUUCUUGUGUAGCAGGUGAUGUGUCUACAUCAGCCACAUUGUCUGUGGAAGAAAUAAAACCUGAAUUUACAAAGAAAUUAACAAACAUUAAAGUCACAGAAAAACAAAAAGUGGUAUUGCAAUGUGAAUUGUCAAAGGAAACCACAAAAGUCACAUGGAAAAAGAAUGGCAAAGAAAUCCAGAGUGAUAAUCACUUAAAGAUUGUUGCUGAUAUGAAGGUUCACCAACUGAUUAUUGAAAAUGUUACCUUGCAAGAUAUAGGAGAAUAUACUUGUGUGGUAGGUGAUGUGUCUACAUCAGCCACAAUUUCUGUGGAAGAAGCCCCUGUUGUCAAAGAACCUGAUACUGAAACAAAAGCUGAAUUUACAAGGAAAUUAACAAAUAUUAAAAUGAAAGAGAAAGAAAAAGCUGUUUUAAUAUGUGAAUUGUCAAAGGAAAACACAAAAGUCAUUUGGAAAAAGAAUGGCAAAGAAAUUCAGAGUGAUAAUCACUUGAAGAUUGUUGCCGAUAUGAAGGUUCACCAAUUGAUAAUUGAAAAUGUUACUUUGCAAGAUGUAGGAGAAUAUUCUUGUGUGACAGGUGAUGUGUCUACAUCAGCCACAAUAUCUGUGGAAGAAGCACCUACUGUAGAAGAGCCUGACACUGAAAUCAAACCUGAAUUUACAAAGAAAUUAACAAAUAUUAAAGUGAAAGAAAAAGAAAAGGUUGUUUUAAUAUGUGAAUUGUUGAAGGAAAACAUUAAAGUCAUUUGGAAAAAGAAUGGCAAAGAAAUCAAAAGUGAUAAUCACUUGAAGAUUGUUGCCGAUAAGAAGGUUCACCAAUUGAUUAUUGAAAAUGUUACUUUGGAAGAUAUAGGAGAAUAUUCUUGUGUAGCAGGUGAUGUGUCUACAUCAGCCACAUUAUCUGUGGAAGAACUGCCUGCUGUAAUAGAGCCUGACACUGAAAUAAAGCCUGAAUUCACAAAGAAAUUAACAAAUAUUAAAAUGAAAGAGAAAGAAAAGGCUGUUUUAAUAUGUGAAUUGUCAAAGGAAAACACAAAAGUCAUUUGGAAAAAGAAUGGCAAAGAAAUUCAGAGUGAUAAUCACUUGAAAAUUGUUGCCGAUAUGAAGGUUCAUCAACUGAUUAUUGAAGAUGUUACAUUGCAAGAUGUAGGAGAAUAUUCUUGUGUGGCAGGUGAUGUGUCUACAUCAGCCACAAUAUCUGUGGAAGAACUGCCUGCUGUUAUAGAGCCUGACACUGAAAUAAAAUCUGAAUUUACAAAGAAACUAACAAAUAUUAAAGUGAAUGAAAAAGAAAAGGCUGUUUUAAUUUGUGAAUUGUCGAAAGAAAACACGAAAGUCACAUGGAAAAAGAAUGGCAAAGAAAUUCAAAGUGAUGAUCACUUGAAGAUUGUUGCCGAUAUGAAGGUUCACCAAUUAAUAAUUGAAAAUGUUACUUUGCAAGAUAUAGGAGAAUAUUCCUGUGCGACAGGCGAUGUGUCUACAUCAGCCACAUUAUCUGUUGAAGAACUGCCUGCUGUUAUAGAACCUGACACUGAAAUCAAACCUGAAUUUACAAAGAAACUAACAAAUAUUAAAUUGAAAGAAAAAGAAAAGGCUGUUUUAGUAUGUGAAUUGUCAAAGGAAAACAUUAAAGUCACAUGGAAAAAGAAUGGCAAAGAAAUUCAAAGUGAUGAUCACCUGAAGAUUGUUGCCGAUAUGAAAGUUCACCAAAUGAUUAUUGAAAAUGUUACUUUGCAAGAUAUAGGAGAAUAUUCCUGUGUGACAGGUGAUGUGUCUACAUCAGCCACAAUAUCUGUGGAAGAACUACCUGCUGUAAUAGAGCCUGACACUGAAAUCAAACCUGAAUUCACAAGGAAAUUAACAAAUAUUAAAAUGAAAGAAAAAGAAAAGGCUGUUUUAAUAUGUGAAUUGUCAAAGGAAAACAUAAAAGUCAUUUGGAAAAAGAAUGGCAAAGAAAUUCAGAGUGAUAAUCGCUUGAAGAUUGUUGCUGAUAUGAAGGUUCAUCAAUUAAUAAUUGAAAAUGUUACUUUGGAAGAUAUAGGAGAAUAUUCUUGUGUGGCAGGCGAUGUUUCUACAUCAGCCACAAUAUCUGUGGAAGAACUGCCUGCUGUUAUAGAACCUGACACUGAAAUCAAACCUGAAUUUAUAAAGAAACUAACAAAUAUUAAAUUGAAAGAAAAAGAAAAGGCUGUUUUAAUAUGUGAAUUGUCAAAGGAGAACAUUAAAGUCACUUGGAAAAAGAAUGGCAAAGAAAUUCAAAGUGAUGAUCACUUGAAGAUUGUUGCCGAUAUGAAAGUUCACCAAAUGAUUAUAGAAAAUGUUACUUUGCAAGAUAUAGGAGAAUAUUCCUGUGUGACAGGUGAUGUGUCUACAUCAGCCACAAUAUCUGUGGAAGAACUACCUGCUGUAAUGGAACCUGACACUGAAAUCAAACCUGAAUUCACAAAGAAAUUAACAAAUAUUAAAAUGAAAGAGAAAGAAAAGGCUGUUUUAGUAUGUGAAUUGUCAAAGGAAAACAUAAAAGUCAUUUGGAAAAAGAAUGGCAAAGAAAUUCAGAGUGAUAAUCGCUUGAAGAUUGUUGCCGAUAUGAAGGUUCACCAAUUGAUAAUUGAAAAUGUUACUUUGGAAGAUAUAGGAGAAUAUUCUUGUGUGGCAGGCGAUGUGUCUACGUCAGCCACAAUAUCUGUGGAAGAACUGCCUGCUGUUAUAGAACCUGACACUGAAAUCAAACCUGAAUUUACAAAGAAACUAAAAAAUAUUAAAUUGAAAGAAAAAGAAAAGGCUGUUUUAGUAUGUGAAUUGUCAAAGGAAAACAUUAAAGUCACAUGGAAAAAGAAUGGCAAAGAAAUUCAAAGUGAUAAUCACUUGAAGAUUGUUGCCGAUAUGAAAGUUCACCAAAUGAUUAUAGAAAAUGUUACUUUGCAAGAUAUAGGAGAAUAUUCCUGUGCAACAGGUGAUGUGUCUACAUCAGCCACAAUAUCUGUGGAAGAACUACCUGCUGUAAUAGAGCCUGACACUGAAAUCAAACCUGAAUUCACAAAGAAAUUAACAAAUAUUAAAAUGAAAGAAAAAGAAAAGGCUGUUUUAAUAUGUGAAUUGUCAAAGGAAAAUAUAAAAACCAUUUGGAAAAAGAAUGGCAAAGAAAUUCAGAGUGAUAAUCACUUGAAGAUUGUUGCCGAUAUGAAGGUUCACCAAUUGAUAAUUGAAAAUGUUACUUUGGAAGAUAUAGGAGAAUAUUCUUGUGUGGCAGGCGAUGUGUCUACAUCAGCCACAAUAUCUGUGGAAGAAAUCCCUGCUGUAGGAGAGCCUGACACUGAAAUAAAACCUGAAUUUACAAAGAAAUUAACAAAUAUUAACGUGAAAGAAAAGGAAAAAGUUGUCUUUCUGUGUGAAAUAUCAAAAGAAAACACAAAAGUUACAUGGAAAAAGAACGGCAAAGAAAUCAAAAGCGAUAAUCACUUGAAGAUUGUUGCCGAUAAGAAGGUUCACCAACUAAUUAUUGAAAAUGUUACUUUGGAAGAUAUAGGAGAAUAUUCUUGUGUGGCAGGUGAUGUGUCUACAUCAGCCACAUUGUCUGUAGAAGAAGUUCCUGUUGUGGGAGAGCCUGACACUGAAAUCAAACCUGAAUUCACAAAGAAAUUAACAAAUAUUAAAAUGAAAGAAAAAGAAAAGGCUGUUUUAAUAUGUGAAUUGUCAAAGGAAAACAUAAAAACCAUUUGGAAAAAGAAUGGCAAAGAAAUUCAGAGUGAUAAUCACUUGAAGAUUGUUGCCGAUAUGAAGGUUCACCAAUUGAUAAUUGAAAAUGUUACUUUGCAAGACAUAGGAGAAUAUUCUUGUGCGACAGGUGAUGUGUCUACAUCAGCCACGAUAUCUGUGGAAGAAAUCCCUGUUGUAGGAGAGCCUGACACUGAAUUAAAACCUGAAUUUACAAAGAAACUAACAAAUAUUAAAAUGAAAGAACAAGAAAAGGCUGUUUUAAUAUGUGAAUUGUCAAAGGAAAACAUCAAAGUCAUUUGGAAAAAGAAUGGCAAAGAAAUCAAAAGUGAUAAUCACUUGAAGAUUGUUGCCGAUAUGAAGGUUCAUCAAUUAAUUAUUGAAAAUGUUACUUUGGAAGAUAUGGGAGAAUAUUCUUGUGUGGCAGGUGAUGUGUCUACAUCAGCCACAUUGUCUGUGGAAGAAAUAAAACCUAAAUUCACAAAGAAAUUAGCAAAUGUUAACGUGAAAGAAAAAGAAAAGGCUGUUUUACUAUGUGAAUUGUCGAAGGAAAAAACAAAAGUCACAUGGAAAAAGAAUGGCAAAGAAAUCAAAAGUGAUAAUCACUUGAAGAUUGUUGUCGAUAAGAAGGUUCACCAACUGAUUAUUGAAAAUGUUACUUUGCAAGAUAUAGGAGAAUAUUCUUGCGUGGCAGGUGAUGUGUCUACAUCAGCCACAUUAUCUGUGGAAGAAAUAAAACCUGAAUUUACUAAGAAAUUAGUAAAUACUAAAGUGAAAGAGAAAGAAAAGGCUGUUUUACUAUGUGAAUUGUCAAAGGAAAGUACAAAAGUCAUUUGGAAAAAGAAUGGCAAAGAAAUCAAAAGUGAUAGUCACUUGAAGAUUGUUGCCGAUAUGAAGGUUCAUCAACUGAUUAUUGAGAAUGUUACUUUGGAAGAUACAGGAGAAUACUCCUGUGUGGCAGGUGAUGUGUCUACAUCAGCCACAUUAUCUGUGGAAGAAAUCCCUGCUGUAGGAGAGCCUGACACUGAAUUAAAACCUGAAUUCACAAAGAAACUAACAAAUAUUAAAGUGAAAGAGAAAGAAAAGGCUGUUUUAAUAUGUGAAUUGUCAAAGGAAAACAUCAAAGUCACAUGGAAAAAGAACGGCAAAGAAAUCAAAAGUGAUAAUCACUUGAAGAUUGUUGUCGAUAAGAAGGUUCACCAACUGAUUAUCGAUAAUGCUAAUUUACAAGAUAUAGGAGAAUAUUCUUGUGUAGCAGGUGAUGUGUCUACAUCAGCCACAUUAUCUGUGGAAGAAAUAAAACCGGAAUUUACAAAGAAAUUAGAAAAUAUUAAAGUGAAAGAGCAAGAAAAGGCUGUCUUACUGUGUGAAUUAUCAAAGGAAAAUGUUAAAGUCACAUGGAAAAAGAAUAGCAAAGAAAUCAAAAGUGAUAAUCACUUGAAGAUUGUUGCCGAUAUGAAAGUUCAUCAACUGAUUAUUGAGAAUGUUACUUUGCAAGAUAUUGGAGAAUAUUCUUGUGUGGCAAGUGAUGUGUCUACAUCAGCCACAUUAUCUGUGGAAGAACUAAAACCUGAAUUUACAAAGAAAUUAACAAAUAUUAAAGUGAAAGAAAUGGAAAAAGUUGUCUUUCUGUGUGAAAUAUCAAAGGAAAACACAAAAGUCAUUUGGAAAAAGAAUGGCAAAGAAAUCAAAAGUGAUAAUCACUUGAAGAUUGUUGCCGAUAAGAAGGUUCACCAAUUGAUAAUUGAAAAUGUUACAUUGCAAGAUAUAGGGGAAUAUUCCUGUGUGGCAGGUGAUGUGUCCACAUCAGCCACAUUAUCUGUGGAAGAAAUAAAACCUGAAUUUACAAAGAAAUUAGCAAACAUUAAAAUGAAAGAGAAAGAAAAGGCUGUUUUGCUAUGUGAAUUGUCAAAGGAAAAUGUUAAAGUCACAUGGAAAAAGAAUGGCAAAGAAAUCAAAAGUGAUAGUCACUUGAAGAUUGUUGCCAAUAAGAAGGUUCACCAAUUGAUUAUUGAAAAUGUUACUUUGCAAGAUAAAGGAGACUACGCUUGUGUGGCAGGUGAUGUGUCUACAUCAGCCACAUUGUCUGUGGAAGAAAUAAAACCCGAAUUUACAAAGAAAUUAACAAAUAUUAAAGUGAAAGAAAAUGUAAAAGUGGUUUUACAAUGUGAAUUGUCAAAAGAAAACAUGAAAGUUACAUGGAAGAAGAAAGGCAAAGAAAUAAAAACUAAUAGUCACAUGAAAAUUGUUACUGAUAAGAUGGUUCACCAACUGAUUAUUGAAAAUGUUACUUUGGAAGAUAUGGGAGAAUAUUCUUGUGUGGCAGGUGAUGUGUCUACAUCAGCCACAUUGUCUGUGGAAGAACUAAAACCUGAAUUUACAAAGAAAUUAGUAAAUAUUAAAGUGAAAGAAAAAGAAAAAGCUGUUUUGCUUUGUGAGUUGUCAAAAGAAAACAAAAAAGUCAAAUGGAAGAAGAGUGGCAAAGAAAUCAAAAGUGAUAGUCACUUGAAGAUUGUUGCCGAUAAGAAAGUUCACCAAUUGAUUAUUGAGAAUGUUACUUUGCAAGAUAAAGGAGACUACACUUGUGUGGCAGGUGAUGUGUCUACAUCAGCCACAUUAUCUGUGGAAGAAAUAAAACCUGAAUUUACAAAGAAAUUAACAAAUAUUAAUGUGGCUGAGAAGGAAAAAGCUGUUUUACUAUGUGAAUUGUCAAAGGAAAACAUAAAAGUCAUUUGGAAAAAGGAUGGAAAAGAAAUCAAAAGUGAUAAUCACUUGAAGAUUGUUGCUGAUAAGAAGGUUCAUCAAUUAAUUAUUGAAAAUGUUACUUUGGAAGAUAUGGGAGAAUAUUCUUGUGUGGCAGGUGAUGUGUCUACAUCUGCAACAUUGUCUGUGCAAGAAUCAGGGGCAGAAUUUUCCAAAACACUUUCAAAUGUGAAUGUUACUGAAAAGGAAACAGCAGUUUUCUCAUGUGAAUUAACUAAAGAAAAUAUUAAAGUGAAUUGGCUGAAAAAUGGACGGGAUAUGAAGAAAAAUGAGAGAUUUAGAAUCAUCACAGAGAAAUUCAUUCAGAAACUUAUAAUUGAAGAAGUAUGUUUUGAAGAUAAAGGAGAAUAUAUCUGUGACCUUGGUCAUGUCUCUUCUAAUGCUACUUUAAUUGUUGAAGAAGCACCUCCUGAAUUCAUCAAAAAAUUAGCAAAUACGAAAGUGAAAGAAAGUGAAACUACUUCAUUCACAUGUGAAUUAACAAAACCUAAUGUAAAGGUAAGAUGGAUGAAGGGAGGAAAGGAGGUAAAGUCAAGUAAGCGAAUUGAAAUCAUCACAGACAAGUAUGUACAGAAGCUUGUUAUACACGAUGUCACUUUAAAAGAUAAAGCUGAAUAUUCCUGUGUAAUUGGAAAUAAAUUUUCUAAAGCAAAACUUACUGUUGAAGCUCUAGAAAAGCCAGAUGGACAGCAAGCUGACUUUGUUUCUGAUACAAAGGAUGCUGUACCAAUCUAUUCACUUGUGUGUGAUUUUACUGACACUAAAACUAAUGUAACACUACAAAAAGAUGUUCAAGUAAUGGUCCUUAAUUCAACAGACACUGAAAUGUGGGUUGUGCAAAGUUUAGAAAGGAGGGAUCAGGUAUGCACUGUUCCUUCAAAAAUGCUAACGAUGGAUAAAACAAAAGAAGACUCAAUUUCUCUGAAAAGGGACCAUAAAUCAAAGUCACCAAGUGGUAGAAUGUCUCCUGAAGUAUUAUCAUCAGAAGAGGAAGAUGACAGCUUUUUACAUGAAGGAUUUCCUAUCUAUGUUGUCCUUGCGGAUUACAAGCCAGAUGAAGAUUGUACUGACAGCAUUCGACUCAGUGAAGGUCAGUUUGUAGAAGUUUUGGACAUGGAAAAUUCUUCACAAUGGCUUGUUCGCACAAAACCAACAAAAAGUACCCCUGCUAAACAAGGAUGGGUACCACCAGGAUAUUUGGAAAUAAAACCUGCUAUAAAAUCUCUUGUGAAGAAAAGCACUAGAGAAGCUUUCCGGGAAGAAAUUAUUCAGAUCAGUAAUAAACAACAAGAAGCUAGUUUAAAGAGAAGCCCUUUCACCGAGUUAGAUAGAACUCAGUCUCUGACAGUUGGACCCCAACUGAUGGCAUAUGCUCUGACUGACAUCCUGGAAACAGAACGAGAGUAUCUCCAUGACUUAGAAACACUGAUGGAUACAUUUUAUAAUCAAAUGGAUAAACCAGAUGUACCUGCAUGUCUCAAAGAUAAUAAAGACAUACUAUUUGGUAACAUCAAAGAUAUUUAUGAUUUCCAUAAAAAUAUCUUUAUGAAUGAACUUUGUGAAUGUGCCUGCUUCCCAUCUAAAAUUGGUGGAUCUUUUCUUAAAAUGGCUGAGAAAUUCCAAAUGUAUAUUCCAUUUUUAUAUCAUCGGCCAGAGGCUGAAAUUCUCUUAGCUACAGAAGAAGCAAAAGAAUAUUUGAAGACAUGUCCAAUUUCUGAUAAAUCCCUUGUUGAAUAUUUGGCUUGUCCACUCAAAAGAUUAAGUAUUUAUGAACAAAUACUUAAGGAUUGCUUACGUUACACUGUAACUGCUGGAGAUGGUGUGAAAGAUCUUGAAAAGGCUAUUGAAAUGCUUAUGAAAAUAAUUAAAAGAGUUGAGCAUCUUCGUUUGCUGGAAAAGGUUGAAGAAUUUCCAGGAGAUAUAUAUAGCCUUGGAGAAGUACUAAGACAUGAUGAUGUUCAAAUAUGGGACAAAGAAGUUUCUAAAACCAAAGGAAAAGACAGACAUAUGUUUUUGUUUCCUGAUAAAAUAUUGAUAACAAAAAAGAAAAAGCCAGAAUCUUUAACAGAUGCCCCAACAUUUGCUUUUAAGUCAUUGAUAGAUCUCCAAAAUAUACAAAUCAGUGAGCUUUUAGAAGAUGAAAGACGUUUUGAACUAUGGUUUGCUGAAGCAACAUCUGAGAAAUUAACUGUUCAAGCUAAAAAUAAUUAUGCAAAACAAGGAUGGAUCAAAGACAUAAGAGCUGCUCUGAAACAAAUGGGCAUUGAGGAAACUGAUAUUACUCUUGAACAACAAGAAGAAAUCUUGAGACACAAGAAGAAACUUGCUGAAGCUCUUGAAGAAGCUGCGAAGAAAAAGCAACCUUCCCCAGAACUUCCAAAACCAACUGAAGCUCAACCUGAAUCUGAUUCUGACAGGAAAACUGAUGCUACAGAUUAUUAUUCAUUGGAUUCAUAUGAAAGUGAUACUUUAAGUUAUCAUACAGCUACUGAAUUUGAUGAUGGAACUGCAAAACCAGCUUUUAAAAAGAAGAUAUGCAAAACAGUUGCUGAAGAAGGAUCUCCAGUUACUUUGGAUUGUGUUGUCACUGGCAUGCCUGCUCCAGCUGUAACAUGGUUUAAAGAAGAUAACAUCAUCAAAGAGUCAGAUAAUGUUAAACUUAUUGACAAUGGUGAAAUUCACACACUCUCAAUCAAGGAUACAUCAAAAUUAGUUGCUGGAAUGUACACAGUAAAAGCAACAAAUGCACAUGGCUCUAUUGAAUGCACUGCUGAAGUUACUAUCUUAGAAAGAAUCCCAGAAGAGAAAGUAUCACCUAAGCCAGAAGAUACUACUGAUAGUAAAAUACCAGAAGUUGCAGUACCAGAGGUUGCUGUUGAGAUUAAAAAGCCAGAAGUAGCAGUACCAGAGGUUACUGCUGAGAUUAAGAAACCAGAAGUUGCAGUACCAGAGGUCGCUGCUGAGAUUAAAAAGCCAGAGGUAGCAGUACCAGAGGUCGCUGCUGAGAUAAAGAAGCCAGAAGUUGCAGUACCAGAGGUCGCUGCUGAGAUUAAAAAGCCAGAAGUAGCAGUACCAGAGGUCGCUGCUGAGAUAAAGAAACCAGAAGUAGCAGUAGCAGAGGUCGCUGCUGUGAUUAAAAAGCCAGAAGUUGCAGUACCAGAGGUCGCUGUUGAGAUUAAAAAGCCAGAAGUGGCAGUACCAGAGGUCGCUGCUGAGAUUAAAAAGCCAGAAGUAGCUGUACCAGAGGUCGCUGCUGUGAUCAAAAAGCCAGAAGUAGCAGUACCAGAGGUCGCUGCUGAGAUAAAGAAACCAGAAGUAGCAGUACCAGAAGUCGCUGUUGAGAUUAAGAAACCAGAAGUAGCAGUACCAGAGGUCGCUGCUGAGAUUAAGAAACCAGAAGUAGCAGUACCAGAAGUUGCUGCUGAGAUUAAGAAACCAGAAGUAGCAGUACCAGAGGUCGCUGCUGAGAUUAAGAAGCCAGAAGUAGCAGUACCAGAGGUCGCUGCUGAGAUUAAGAAACCAGAAGUAGCAGUACCAGAAGUUGCUGCUGAGAUUAAGAAACCAGAGGAAAAAGUACCAGAAGUAGCAGUACCAUCUGAAGAUGAAGGCAUUAUAGUACAAGGAGAACAACCUCAGUAUAUUCUGAAGAUGGAUGAUUGUUUGGUUGAAGAGGGUAAAGUAGCCAAGUUUGAAUGCCGUGUUGUGGCUACACCAGAUCCAAUAGUUACAUGGAUGAAAGAAGGAAAAGUCAUUGAAGCAGAUGAGCGAAUCCAGUUACAAAAUAUAAAUGAUAAUAUUUAUUCUUUGAUAAUACCUGUUGUAAAGCUUGAAGACAAAGGACGAUAUAUAUGCUGGGCUAAAAAUGAAUUUGGAGAAGCUUACACUGAAGCAUAUUUAAAUGUGAUCCCUGUUGAAACAGUUGAUCGUACCAAAGAACAAAAAGCUCCAAGAUUCAUUGAAAGAUUUGAUGACAAAUCUAUAAUGGAAGGAACAAUGACCGAACUAAAGUGCAAAAUUUCAGGAUAUCCUGAUCCAUUUGUAAUGUGGCUAGUUAAUGACUAUGAAAUUGGUCCAACAGAAGAUUUUGUUGUUACUAGAGAUGGAGACAUGUGUUCCUUAAAAUUGAAAAAACUGUCCCUAGCAGAUACUGGUGUAUAUACCUGCCGCAUUAGUAAUCCCCUUGGAGAGGCAAUAUGCAGUGCAAGAAUAACUGUAAAAUCUGAGAAACCUCAUGAUAUCUAUGAGAGAGAACCAAAAUUCAUUCGCAAACUGGAUGACACUAGAGUACAUAAAGGACGUAAUGUCUGUUUUGAAUGCACAACUCUCGGAGAUCCACAGCCAGAAAUUAAAUGGUACUUCAAGGGAAAAGAGAUUAAGAGUUCUGAUCAUUACAAAAUUGAAUCAGAUGGCAAGAAACAUUCCCUAUUUGUCUAUGAUGUUCACCCUGAUGAUGAAGGAGAAUAUACAUGUAAAGCUUCAAAUCCGAAAGGAGAAUUAACAACCUCAGCCAAACUAACAGUAAAAGAUGAUGUAUCCCCACCUAAAGAGACCAAAAAAUCCAUCUAUGAUUUACCACCAUCAUUUUCAAAACGUCUUCCAAAUCUGUUUGUUAAAGAAGGUUCUUCUGUUAGGUUUGAAUGCAGAGCUAUUGGUAUACCCGAUGUUGAAGUAUUCUGGACAAAAGAUGGAUAUCCUCUUCAACCAGAUCCACGCUUUAAGUUAACUGAAUUUGAAGGCAACUGCUAUUUGGGCAUAGAGAAUGUCCAACCUACUGAUCUUGGAAUGUAUGCAUGUGUUAUUACCAACAGAGCAGGAAGAGCUAUUACAUCUGGAAGUUUGAAUUUUGAAAUUCCAGAUGAAAUGCCUGCUAGAAAGAAAUUUGAUGCAAAACCCACCAUUAUACCAGAUAUACCUGUAGAUAAAAGAUAUGAUGAUUACCCUGAUAUUUCUGGAUGCUAUGCAGGUCGUCCAUCUAUGUCUGAUAUCAAACCAACUUCUGCAAGGCUUUCUUGGGUUCCAGCUGUGUCUGCUGAUAUUCCUUCUAAAGUCGGUCCAAUUACAUAUAGCAUUGAGAGUAGAGAAUUACCCCACAGAUCAUGGAAGCCAUUUGCAUCUGGAAUAAAGGGAAAUGAUCACUAUCUUGAUAAUCUGAACCCUGAUACUGAAUAUAUGUUCCGUAUUAAAGCUGAAAAUAAGAAUUUUACCUCAGAACCAACAGCACCUGUGAUGCUGCCAAGAAGAACUGCUAUGCCAUCGUUUCCUUUGACAAAACCACUACUCCCAGAUUUCGGUGAAGAAUCCACGAGAUUAGCUUGGAGACCCAUGCAACUUACUCCUGAAAGUAGCAAAAGAAGGCAUACACCACAUACCUAUAGGUUGGAAAUUUCUGAGCUUCCAAGUAAUGACUGGAUACCUUUGGCAAGUGGUAUACCUGAUACUAGUCAUUAUAUUCAUGGUUUAAAUCCAGAAAAAGACUACAUGAUUCGAGUCAGAGCAGAAAUUGAUCAUGGUGUUCUAAGUGAACCUACAUAUCCAAUUACUUUAAGAAGAGCUAAAGGAAUAUCCAUUGAGUGGGAGAAAUAUCCAGUAUAUCCUGGUAUACCAGUUGAUCGUCCUUACAUUGAAAACCUUGACCCAACAUCAAUUCGUCUUCGAUGGAAUCGGUUACACAUACCAAGUUUCAGAGCCACAGAUGAUGAGCUAACAUAUAUUAUUGAAAUACAACAACCUCCUGAACAUAAAUGGCGUGAAUAUGCAUCCAAAAUACCAGACACAUCUUACGUUAUCAAAGGGCUGGAGCCAAAUAAAGAUUAUAGAUUCCGAGUGAGAGCAUAUUCUCCAUUGGGAGUUACUGAACCAUCACCACCUGUAAAUAUGUACAGAACUAUGGCAAAAGGUAAAAGCCCCCUUGAUCAUCUGGAUAUAGAACAAUAUGAACCAAGCACUGUAAAUCUCAGAUGGAGCAGAACAGAUAUACCUAGCUAUGGUGAUGGUGAUGGAUCACUUUUAUUUAUGAUUGAAUCACAACAGCCUCCUCAUCCAGACUGGCAUCCAGUCGUCAGUGGUGUACCAACAACAAGUUACCAUUUAGGUGAUAUUACUCCUGCUCGAGAUUACAACUUCCGAGUUAGAGCUUUAAGUGAAUAUGGAUUGAGCCCUCCUUCAAGAACAGUUGCUUUACGUAGGUUUGCAUCUCCUAUCCAGCCACCAAUCCAUAAUUUAGAAAUCUUUGAAGAACGUCCUGAUAUAUUGUUAAGAUGGUAUCUAAUUAAAAGGCCAGUACAUGAAGUGGAGUAUCCAGUGAUUGAUUAUAUUAUUGAACAACAAGACAUACCAGGAUAUCAUUGGCAUGAGAUAGCCAGAGGAGUAACUGGAACAAGUUACAGAAUCAAAAAUUUGUCACCAAAUCAUGAUUACUUUUUCAGGAUACGUGCAAAUACAAAAGGAGGUUUGAGUGAUCCAACCCCACCUAUUGGCUUAUAUAGAACACCAGUGCCACCAAAACUUUCCCGAACAGAUGUUAUCCUUUCACCAUUUGGGAAUGAUUCUGUUAACCUAUCUUGGAAGCAAGCUGAGGUUCCAGCCUAUCAACACCUCCGUUCUCCAAUUACAUAUAGCAUAUUUAUGCAAGAAUAUCCAAGUAUGGAAUGGAUGCCAGUGGCAAAUAGAAUAACUCAGCUCAACUAUAGAGUGAUUGGCUUAAAGCCUGACCGAGAUUAUCGAUUCAGGAUUCAAGCUCAAACUGACAGUGGUAUCAGUGAACCUACAUUCCCUGUCCUUUUACAAAGAAGACCUGUUCCUCAAAUGGCAUUGUAUGAACCACAUAUGUCUGACAUUCACCCAACAUCUAUAAAACUGUCCUGGAAAGAGGGCAGAUUACCCCGUGGUUAUUCAAAGAGCCUCAGUCAAUUACUGUACCUCAUUGAAAUUCAAGAACCUCCUUCUGAAUUAUGGCACCCUCUGGCUCGGGAUAUAAGUACUCUAAGUUACCAGGUAUCAAAUCUUUUACCAGAUCGAGACUAUUUGUUCCGCAUUAGAGCUUACAUAGGAUCAGAUCUGAGUGAGCCAACACUUCCUGUGUAUUUGGCUAGACGUGCAGGACCUCCACGGAUGACUAAAGACAUACCCUAUGUUGUUGAUAUAACCUCUGAUUCAGUGUCUUUAGCUUGGAGAUCAGCUGAAAUACCCUCUAGAAUUGUUGAUUAUUCACCAGUUUCCUACAGGAUUGAGUUACAAGAAAUACCUUUUGGCCACUGGGUUACUGUUGCUAAAGGUAUACCAACAACAGCUUUCAAGUUGGAUAAUCUACAUCCAAAUAAAGAAUAUGCUAUCCGUAUUAGAGCUGAAAAUGAAUUUGGUAUCAGUGAACCAACUGGUGCAUUAAUCCUUAGAAAAAGAGCAGUUCCACCUUGUAUGCCUCAUGAAGAACCAGUCAUAUCUGAUGUUCAGCCUGGAUCCCUUCGUCUAUCAUGGCGUGUUGCAGUCCUGCCAUCAUAUUUAAGAGACAAGAUAUCCAUAACUUAUAGUAUUUAUGUUCAAGAUUCUCCAUCAUCCAAAUGGAGGCCACUUGUUACUAAAAUCCCACACACGUCAUACUACUUAACAGGAUUACGCACUGACAAAGAUUACACCUUUCGAAUUCAAGCUGAGACGUCAUUUGCUGUCAGUGAACCAUCGAUGGCAAUAAGGGUUCCUGCCAUCUCCCAAUACAAACGACCUAUUGAAACCCCUGAGAUAGUUGAUAUCCAAUCUAAAGGCUUUCAGCUGUCUUGGAGACCAACAAGAGCACCUUCUGUUGGAAAAGAUUACACAUAUGCUAUUGAAUCACAAGAACUUCCUUCAAGAGAAUGGAAGCGUGUGGUUGGCGGUGUGAGGAGUACUACUUACAAAUUAACAGACUUAAAACCGAAACGUAACUACUUAUUUCGAGUUCGAGCUGAGACAGGUUCUAGUUCUGCUAUUGAACCAUCAAUUCCUGUGUCAUACAGUCGAAGUAGAGUUGUUCCACAAUGCCCCAUUGAAAAACCUCAAUUGUAUGGUAUUGAACCACAAGCUGUCUGGAUAUCAUGGCGCCGGCUUUAUAUUUCAUCUUAUAAUACAAAUAUUCAGUUGCGAUAUACAAUUGAAAUUCGGGAAUAUCCAAGUCAUCAAUGGAGAAGUUAUGCAACAAGAGUCACUGAAAAUUUCUACAGAAUCACAGGCUUGAAACCUAACUGUGAUUAUCAUUUUCGAAUCAGGCCUGAAACAAUGUCUGGAGAAAGUCUAGAGGCUUCACAUCCAGUAGCUCUUUAUAGAUCUGCAGUUAUACCACGUGCUCCAGCUCAGCGGCCAGAGAUAACAGAUGUUGACCAUGACUCACUUGCUUUAAGAUGGGCUCGUGUUGAAAUACCUGCUAUUGUGGGAGGAGACAGACAACUGACAUUUAUGAUUGAAAAACAGGAGCCACCUAAAUAUGACUGGUCAACAGUUGCAAGUGGUGUAACUGACACAAAAUACAAAGUAACAGGUCUUUCUAAAUCGAAAGACUAUAUGUUUCGCGUCCGUGGAGAACAUCCACUAGGUCAUACAAUACCUUCAUCACCAGUUCUAUAUUACCAGACAAAAGGUGCUCCUAAUACAGGCCCAUUCGUUCAGCCCGAGAUCCUUGCUGAUGAUACUCAAGGUGUGUAUUUGCAAUGGCAUCGGAUAUACUAUCAGCCAUAUGAUCGAGAAGACUCACUCACUGGAUACACAUUAGAAAUACUUGAAGCUCCGUCAAAGGAGUGGAAAACUUUGGUAACUGGAUUAAAAGAGAAAAGACAUAGAAUUACAGAUUUAAAGCAAGGAGUGGAUUACUAUAUCAGAAUAAGGGGAGAAACUACAACUGGAGAACUUACUGACCCAUCACCCCCACUGCCCAUCUUACAGAAAAAAGUUCACUCAACACCUCUUGAAGAACUAUGUGCACUAGUUGGCAUUGAAGGCAUAAAGAGAAGACGAGAGUUGAUUUGCAGAGAAACACCUGAAAGUACAACGAGUGAAGUAAGUUAUUCAGGCUACAGAACCAUGCUUGCUUCAGAAGAAAGCCUUGAUAGCCUGUUUGAGGCUCAAGCCACAAUUAACAAUACAACAAUUAAUUUUGAAGAAGAUCUAUCAGCUAUCAACAGGCCAUACUAUGACAUGCUCACUUGUAAAGUUACUCCUCGAAUGCCUAUUGAUCCACCUGAGUUAACAGAUGAUGGCUCUGAUGUUGCAUGGUUAGUGUGGAAACCAGCAUCAGUGCCAACAACUACAGAAAUUGCUAUGACAAAGCCAAUUAGUUACAGCAUAGAAAUGAAAACGCCUCCUUCGUCAGAAUGGGUCACCCUUAUUUCCAAUUUGCUUACUACAAGGAAUCAAGUUGGUCAGCUCCUGCCAGACCAGAAUUAUUCUUUUCGAGUACGAUGUCAUAAUGAAUUUGGAGCAGGAGAUGCUUCAUUGCCUGUUACUUUACACAGGGCAGCAACGAAUGGGCUCUCUGAGGAUUAUGAUCACCCAGAGACAAACGAAAAUGGUGAAGAAGAGAUAGAUUGGAUAAAUUUUGAUGGUGAGAAAGUUCCACCUCGUCUUCCAUUGGAUCGGCCUUUGAUUCAGGAUGUAACCGAGAAUUCUUUGACACUUCGAUGGUUUAGUGCUAGAACUCCAGCUUAUGGAAAAUUAUCUCCGAUAAAAUACACAGUUGAAGUGAAAGAGCAAUGGGCAAAAGCUUGGCAUCCUCUCAUAACGGAUUUAACUGAAAAUAAAUUUCAUGUCAGAGAUAUCCACCCUCAACAAAGUUAUGCUUUCCGUGUUAAAGCUGAAAAUGAAUUUGGCGAAACUGAGCCUACUAUGACAGCAACUUUAAUUAGAAACACUCAGUCACCUACUCCAUCAACAUCAAUGGAGGAAGAGAAAGUUGAAAAGCUUCUUCUGCCAUCUGUCACAUUUAAUGAUCCUAUGGUUUUGAUCAGUCCUCCUAGGGCUCCAAAGGGUCGUCCAAAAAUUACUGAAGAAUCUGAAAGCAGUCUUAUCUUGAGUUGGAAACCUGCUCGUGUCCCAUCUUAUGCAAAAAACUGUUGUAUUACAUAUGUCAUUGAAAUACGUGAACCACCAGCACUUCAGUGGAACUCUGUUGCUUCAGGGAUAACAGAGACCACCCAUACUUUAAAUGACCUUAAUUCUGAGCAAGAUUAUAUGUUCAGAGUCAGAGCAGCCAAUGAAUUUGGUACCAGUGAUCCUUCACUACCAGCAACUUUACACAGGGAAAUUGAUUAUUUGAAACAACUGCAAAGGCAGCUUUCAACUGAAAGUUCCAUUUUAAUGAGUCCAGACCUACUCUCUCCAGAUGAUGCUAGUUCCUUUUUCGAUUCGGAAUUCAAAACCCCACAAACUCCAGAAUUCCUUACUCCAGAAGGAGUCCCUCAGUAUGCAACAGAAUGUAGUAAUGGAAAGAUUGAGUUGAAAAUACAAUCAUAUCCAGCUCCUAAAGCUUCUUGGUAUUUUAAGGAUAACAAGAUUGAACAUGGUGAUCGAUAUUCAUCUUCUGUCAAGAUAGAUGGAACAGUAACUUUGGAAUUUACAAACAUGUCAUGGGAAGAUUGUGGCGAUUACAAGUGCUAUGUUGAAAAUGAAGUAGGCUUUGCCUGCCAGACAGUUACUCUACACUUAGCAGAACCACCAACAAUUAUAAAACCACUCCAAGACAUCUUUUUGGUAAGUGGCAGCAGUGGUUCAUUAAAUUGUCACAUUGAUGGAAUUCCAUAUCCAUGCGUAUAUUGGAGUAAAAACAGACAACCUCUGAUAGAAACAUCUAGAGUGCAUGUCCAGUAUGAGUCACCUUGUCAAUGGAGUUUAGUCUUUGAUGAUGCUAACAUCAAUGAUGCUGGUAUUUAUGAAUGCUUUGCUGAAAAUGAAGGAGGAAAAACAUUUACAACGGCUGAGAUAGAAGUGUCAGAGUCUACACCAGUUCCCAGCUAUAUUCUAUUCUGUGAAUCUCGAGUUGAAAACUACUAUUAUAUUCUUGAAGAAAUUGGCAGAGGACGGCAUGGAAUUAUUCGAAGAGUUAUAGAGAAAUCAACUGGCAAGGAGUUUGCUGGCAAAUUCUUAACGCUAAGUGACCCAAAAGAGAAGGAGUUUUUCCAGACAGAACUUGAAUCUCUUAGAGUUCUAGAUCAUCCUCAUAUUAUGAAAAUCCAUGAGGCCUAUGAAACAGUGAAAUCAUAUGUAUUGAUUACAGAAUUAAUUCAUGGAACAGAACUGAUUGAACAUAUUCUUACAACAUACAAUUGGACUGAAACUGAUGCUGCAUUCUACAUUCAACAACUAUUGUUAGCACUUGAAGAAUUAAGAAUCCGUGGUGUGGCUCAUUUAGAUAUUAAGCCAGGAAAUAUAAUUUACGAAGAAAAAACAGACAAAAUCAAACUUAUCGAUUUUGGAUUUGCCAAAAAGAUUCAUAAUGCACCACUAAAGUUAAAUUAUGGAACACCUGAGUUUGCAUCUCCUGAAGUUGUGUGCAGUGAAGUAAUAUCAGAAUCAACUGAUUUAUGGAGUGUAGGAGUACUGACUUACAUUUUAUUGAGUGGUAUUUCACCAUUCCAUUGUGAAUCUGUCUCUGAGACUCUCAAUAAAAUUGAGAAUGGUGAGUGGCAUUUUGAUGAGGAAGCUUUCAAACAUAUUUCAGAUGAAGCUAAAGAUUUUAUUACCAGUCUUCUCAAGAAGGAACCACUAUUUCGUUUAGAAAUAGAUGAAUGUCUGAGUCAUCCCUGGAUUGAAUUAGCUCAAAGAAAGGGUGAAGGUAAUAAAUUGGAAUUAAAGAAUCUGGAAAUGUUUCAUCAAAGAGAUCUAGCUAUGAGAAAAUCUAGUGCCACUGUAAAAACUGCUCGAUUGGAAAGUUUGACAAAAAUGGAAGUUGUUAUACCAUCAGCUCCUUCUCUCAAACCAGAAAUUGAUCCAGAAACUAAUAAAAUAAUUUACCCUGAUUCAAGAGAAUAUGGUGAAUUCUUAGACUCAGAAACACGCUUUGACUGGAAUAAACGAUUUGAACCAAGAAGUGAAUCUGAAUAUUCUUUGCGUACCAGGAUGUAUACUGAACUAAAAUCCCAAGGUGAAAAUGGAGAAAAUGAAAAUGAAAUAGGAGCAGAGGAAGAUGAAGAAAUCAGAAUAAAAGCAAGAACUAAGAGGCGUCUUUCUGAACUCGAUAUUGAACAUGACAAAAUAGUUCAAAUGGAAAAAGAAGUGGAAUGGGUAUCUGCUAGUUCAGAAAUACGAAAUGAACGUCAAAUUGCUCGUGAAAAAGAAGGCCAAGUUUAUGUGAUGGAAAGGAAACCAAGUGUAGGCAUGCCAAAAGAAGGUUAUCGCCCAAUUUUUCGUGCCAAAUUAACAGAUCAAGUUGUUCGUGACGGGGAAAAUGUAACAUUUAUGUGUCUCAUCCGAGGCCGACCCAGUGUUAGUGUUGCCUGGUAUAAAGAUGAAGAGUAUCUUACACAGAAUAACCGCAUUAGAGUUUCACUCAGCGAAGAUGGAGUUUCUUCCUUGACUUUGAUUAGUGCUAAGUCAUAUGAUGUUGGUGUGUACAAAUGUGUUGCUCGGAACAAAAUGGGACGAACAACAUGUCGAGCAAAACUUUUGAUUGGAGAUGCCACCAGCCGUCCACAGAGACCAAUUGCUGUUGCUGUUUCCGAUCGAGAAAUCUUAUUGGUUUGGGAUCCACCUCAAUACGAUGGAGAAUCCCAAGUUAUAUUUUAUAGAGUCUAUUGCAAAAAAGCAGAGGAUUACCAAUGGAGGAAAAGUAUGAAAACCACCAAUGAAUGUGCGCUUAUUGGAAAUCUAACACCUGAAACUGACUAUGUAUUUAAAAUAUCUUGUCAGAAUAAAUUUGGUCUCAGUCCAUUCAGCUAUGCUUCGAAUAUAAUCACCACAAAGAAAGAAAGUUGUAAAGUAUUAGAAUUACACAAACAUCCAGACUAUUCACAGAUGUUAUGCAUAAACGCAGAUAUAAUAUCUUCAUUGAAUCGAUCCCAAGGUCCAGCAAAUGUUGUAGAAUAUUACAAGGAUAGAGACGAUGAAGUCAUGAAUUUUGAUCCUGCUGAACAAUAUACGUUCCUUGAAGAAAUCACUAGGGGUGCAUUUCGUCAAUGGAAGCUGUGUCGAAGCAAAAGAACAGAAGAAUUGUACUAUGCCAGAAUAACUCCUUAUGAAACACCUACAGAUGAAAUUAUGAACGAAUUCAAUCUUUUAGUAACAGUCCAACAUGUAAAUGUCAUUACUGUGAUUGGAGCUUUCUUAUUCAACAACAUUCACACAGUAAUCUUUGAGUAUGUUGACAGUGAGAAUAUCAUUGACCAUUUGUCAUCUAGAUGUAGCUACACUGAGGACGAUGCGGCAAGAAUUAUCACUCAGCUACUAGAUGCUUUACAAUAUUUGCAUUUCUUGUGUAUCAUUCAUUUGAACAUACAACCAGAAAACAUCUUGUUGGGAAGAAUGUGUCCUAUAUUGAAACUUAAGGAUUUCACCUUAGCCCAGAAGAUUGUAACACCAAUUGGAAAACAUGUCCCUCAGUGUGGAUCACCAGAAUUUAUGUCACCUGAAGUUGUGGUCGGAGAACCUGCUGGUGUUGCUGCUGAUGUCUGGGGAGUUGGUGUUAUUUCAACACUACUGCUCAGUGGAGAAACUCCUUUUGUUGGAAGUACUGUAGAAGAGACACUGGCUAAUAUUGCAUACAAUCGAUUUGAUGGAAGUAACAUGUAUGAAAAUAUUUCUAAAGAAGCUUUGAAAUUUAUUUCUAAGACAAUUAAAAGAAUUCCUGGAAAUCGUAUGACAGUUGAUGACUGUUUAGAACACAAGUGGUUACAACUAUCAAGUGAUAUGACAAAAAUGCGAAAAGAAAAUGUAUUUAUGAGUUUGAAAUUAAGAGACUAUGCCAAAAAAUAUGAAGAGCAAAAGGGAUCUUCUUCCCGUCUGAGUCCAAUUGCCUCUGGUUUGAAUGAUAUACCUGAGAGGAAAUUCAAACUACCAACAGAAAGUGAGGUUAAAGAAAAUAAAAAAUAUGGCUGGACUAGUGAGUCAUAUGAGGUAAAACCAAAGGAGAGAACUUAUGAUAAAUAUGCAAGUGCAAAUUAUGCUAAAUCUCUUUCUAGAAAUUUGACUUCUCUUAGUAGUACUUCUGAAACAGAUAUGGAGUUAAAUUCGAAUUGGAAAUCUAAAUACAGUCAGCAUCAAUCAUACUCAGACACAAAGAUGUCUAGUUAUAAACAAAGAAGUACUGAAGAUUUCAGCUAUAAAAAGGAAAUUGAUUUGCCAAGGCAACAAAGAACUAUUGAUAGUUUAAGACAAAACAAAACUUCUGACAGUUUAAGGCAAAAUAAAACUACUGAUAGUUUAAGGCAAAAUAAAAGUUUCACUGAUGACUUACCAACAUAUUCAGCUAAACCAAGAGAAAAUAUUAUUGGAAGUCAGAUAAGCAGUAAAACUGCUAUGGCUAUGUCAAAAGAUACUUCUACAAUGCAAAAAUCCCAAACAUCUGACUAUAAAUCACUAUUAGAAGAGAGUAGAGCUGCUGUGCAAGAAAGUCGAAAGUACAUUGGUGCUUCAUCUAAAUCUGCUCUGGCUGGUACAGCUGAAAGAAUGAAAUAUAGUUCUAGCUUAUCAUCUGAUGAAGGGUUAGGAAUUAAAGAGGACAGUAGGAAAUUAGCAACUGCCUCUAAAACUGACAUGAGGAAAGAACUGAGUAUUGAUGAUGACUACUAUAUGACUUCAGAAAUGAAAGGGCUGAAUAAAUCCUACAAAUCAGUUACCAAGGAGACCCUACCAUCGAGUGACCUAUCUGCAUCUAUUACUAAAAAAAUGUCAAAUUCGAUUUCAGCAUCAAGAGAAGCUAGUUUUGAGGUGGAUGAAACAAAAGAUAUACUUUCUUCCAUUAGAGGAAAGCAGUCUUCCUUUGAUUUGAAAGAGAGUACAUUAACAAGAGAGAAGCAGGAAUCUUUUAGCACUACAAUGGAAUCUAAGUCAUUGAUGAAAGAAAAAAAUCUUUAUUCAGCUACUAAUGAAAGUAGCUUGUUUUCUGAAAAAGCUCAGCCCAUAGUUGAUAGAGAAAAACCAUUUCACACAGCUACUAUGGAAUCUUCAUCAAUGAUGCAAGAAAGGCAAGCAUAUUCAAGUAUGUCACAUGGUGCGCAGUUUCAGACAGGUGCAAUAGAAACCAAAUCAAUGAAACAAGAAAUUCAAACAGUCACAGCUUCUAAAGAAUACAACUCACAAUCACAAGAGCAAAAACAAUACUCAAAUGUAGCUUCAAUUUCGGAUCAGUCAGCUAUUACAAAAACAGCUUCUUCCAGUUCUUUCCAGAACAGUAACAUAGCAAGUUCAAAUAGCAGUGAACAUCAUCUAAUGGCAAAUGCAAGUGAAACAGUGGAGACUAUGUCAAGAAUGAGCAACCAAGAAGUAAAAAUAUCUUCAAAUGCAGAGUCUUACACUGGAGAAGAAAUGACCAUGUCAACAACAGAGAAUAUUAUCCAGAAGAAAUAGUCUUGUACUAAUUGAUUUAAUAUACCAGUGUUUUUAAAAAGAUUUACCCUUAUACCUCUUGUACACCUAUUGUUGUUGUUUAGUCCCAAGUCAACCCAGAUUGAACAGAUCUAUAAUGAAAGGCAUUCCAGCCAUGAACAUCCUGUAUUUUUAGGGAUAUCUUCCAUUGUAACUGAUAAUACUGAUUAUUAUUGGUGAUGAAUACUGCAAUAUUUAUUGGUUUCAUUGCCAAGAUUAUCAGAUUAAACACACAAUAUAAUAAAAAAAAUUGUUCCCUUUUCCUCCUCAAAAGUCAUAUUUCUAUAUAGGAUUAUAUCCAAAUGUGCUUUAAUUAUUCAUUUAUAAUCUUACAUUUUAUGGAUUUUUAUUGUUUCAUUUACAGUUAGAAUGUAAUUAACUCUCAAGCUAAAAUUGUGGAAACUUUCUGUGUGAUGUUUUUAGCUGAAAGUAUAUUUUAGUGUUUGUUUAUCCCAGAAGAUAAUAGAUAAUUUAUAAACCAAUGCUUAGAAUUAAUGCAACUGAAAGUUUUAUUGAUUUUUCAAUAUUUGUUUCUGGAUGAAAGAAACUGUAAAUGAUACAGAAAAGAAGAGAAAAGAAAAGAAAAAAAGAAGGAAUUUUUAUUGUUAUUGUUGUUGUUUUUGUUGUUGAUGUUGUUGAUGAUGAAGUCUUAAAUUUCUCUGAUUAAACAUUUGUCUUGCUAUGAAA